AUGGAUUUCUUCUUUUCAAGUUUGAAAGAAGAACAUGUACACUUCGUCAGCGGCCAUGACGGUUCCGACCCUUUUGAUGUUAUGUUGACGGUUUUUUCUGCCCCUUUGGCUGUCUUCUUGUGUAGAUGUUUGCUGCCUUCUGAGUGUACAACAGGACCGAGACAUCUCCUCAAUGGAAAAUAUGCAUUUUUAAACUUUUUUGUGGAGUAUCUCAUUCUCGUUGCCACAGUCCUCCUGUCUAUCACAUAUUUUUCUGAUAUGAAUUUAAAUUUUUACCUCAUUAUAUCUUGUGUUGGUAUUCCAUGGGCCCUGCUCAGUAAGUUAUUAUCACCAAAACACUUGAAAGUUGAGAGAAUUGGUGAUGAUGAGGAUAGUCAUUACAGGGAUGGUCAUGCUAGAACAACUAAUAAUGAAUCAAACAGACCAAAUAAUGUUGAAAAACCAUCCUACAUAUCUGUACAUAGAUCAUAUGUCAAUAUUGCUACUGCCAUCUGCAUUUUAGCUGUUGAUUUUAAAGUGUUUCCUCGUCGAUUUUGUAAAACAGAAACGUACGGUUGCAGUUUAAUGGAUGUAGGGGUUGGUUCUUUCAUAGUUUCCAAUGCAAUUGUUUCUAGAGAAGCCAGAGGUGUUACUAAAAGAUUAGGUCUCAGACGUUUAUUAAAGACUGUACUCUCAACGUGGCCAUUGAUUCUAUUAGGAAUGGGGAGGCUUCUAACUUUAAAAUCUAUCAACUAUCAUGAAGUUGUUUCUGAAUAUGGAGUCCACUGGAAUUUUUUCUUCACUCUUGCCUUUGUUAAGAUUACAUACAAUGUUCAGCUCUUGAGUUUCUUCAUGCUGGCUGAUGUAUUGUCAUACUAUCUUGAUCUUUACAGGAAUGUAACAAAUGAAUGGCCAAGAGAGCCGAGGUUAUUGGCUGCUAUCAAUGGCAAUGGUUUAUUUUUCUUCCUACUGUCCAAUUUGUUAACGGGGUUGAUAAAUAUGUCCUAUGACGUCAUACACGCCAGUGAUCUAGUUGGAAUGUUGAUUCUAUUCAUCUACACGUAUGUCCUGUCCAUGGUUGCUUAUUCAAUGCAUUCCCACCAUGUUAAGAUCAAAUUUUGGUGA